UUAUUAUGAAAAAUGUCGGUAAAGUAGUAUUCUUAUUGUAGUAUCGAUAUAAUAUAUAUGUUAAUAUAAUAAUAAUAUUUAAGGUUCGUUGAGUAUUGCUUAUGUUUUAUAAGUUAUAAGGUAAUCCAAUUCGAACAACUUGACAUCAUUGGAGGAAAAAUAUAACAUAAUAUGAUAUAAUAUAAUAAUAAUAUUUAUGUUAAUAAUUAUUUAAAAAUUAAACAAGUGUUAUUAAACUCAAGAAAUAAAGAGUUUGUGUUGGUUUACGUAUAUAAAUGAAAACAGAAAUGACAAUUCUUGAAAUGACGUCACAACAAGGCCUUUGCGGAGGGGAUACGUUCAUAACAACAGCGUUCAUAGGCAGUUGGAUAAGCUUAUACAGUAGUUGUUUACUUAACGGACCUUGCCAAUACUCAACGGACCUUACAUAUUGUAAUUUUUACUAUUUCUAUAUCAUAUUGGUCUCUUCUUUAUUAGCUUUACCGCUAGCGCCAUCUACCCAACACCGUAUAUAACAACCAACAAUGUUGGAUUUGAAUUACAACGCUACCUUAAAGUAGUAAUAAAUAAAUGCUGUAAUAAAUAAAAAAAAAUAUUUUUUAUUAUUAUACAUUAUUUCCUAUUUUACGAUCUUGUGCACCGUUUAAAUACUUUGAAAUAAACAAAUUUUACACUUAUAAUUAUAAUCUAAUUUUAAUUCCAAGACUUUGUUAUUAUCAUACACGUAAAUAAAAUUAUCUAUUAGGCAACCUAUGAAAUUACAUGCAUAAAUUAUCACAAACCAGUUGCGGUUGAGAUGUCUCUAAAACUGGUAGUAACAUCUUUACUUUUCCUAGGACUUAUUAACCUCGGGAAUUUUCAAGAAACGUGUGAUCUUGAUAAUGAGAGCAAAGGUGUCUGCAAACUUUUUACGGAAUGCCCUGGGGCUUUCGAUCAACUUAAAAAACAAAUUAAACCAAAGAUAUGUUCGUUUCAAGAUUUGCAACCGAUCGUUUGUUGUGCCCAAGAAGAUAAAAGAAGUGAUUUAAGAAAAAGUGAACAAAAAUGUGUUGAGUACAGCAAACUAAAAUUUGGAGUCGAAAGAGAUGAGGAUCCUCUAAUAACAGGCGGAGAAGAUGCAGUCCCUAAAGAAUUUCCUCACAUGGCAAUUUUGGGUUAUGGAAAUGAAAACAGCACCGAAUGGAAAUGUGGAGGUACUUUAAUUAGCGAACAAUUUGUUUUAACAGCAGCCCAUUGUCUUUAUUCGAGCGAAUUUGGGGAUGUAAAAUUCGUUCGUUUAGGCGACUUGGAUAUUUAUAGCACAAAAGACGUAGCGGAUCCCCAACAAUAUAAAAUAUCCAAAACGAUACCUUAUCAAGAAUACACAUCAACAUCUCAUUACCACGACAUUGCAUUGUUAAAAUUAGAGAAACCUGUAAAAUUUAGUGAUUUUGUUCGUCCUGCUUGUAUUCAAACUAAAUAUUCUUUUGAAAAUGUUACUUUAAAAGCUACCGGUUGGGGCGCUUUAUCUUUUGGUUCUGAUAUUCAUAGUUUUCUACAAAAAGUUAAUUUGCAUGUGUACGCCAAAAAAGAUUGUGAUGUUACUUAUAAACCAGCUUUUAAUUUACUACGAGGGAUUGCUGAUGAUACUCAAAUUUGCGCGGGAAGUUUUGUGGGUGGUAGAGAUACUUGUCAAGGAGAUUCUGGUGGACCUCUACAAAGAAUCAUUCAGAGUAAUCCAAUUGUUUAUAAAGUGGUGGGGAUUGUUUCGGUUGGAAAAUAUUGUGGAUUAGUUCCUGGAUUGUAUACAAGAGUUUCCGCAUAUGUUACAUGGAUAGAAGACAAUGUUUGGAAUCAGUAAAUAAAUUUUAAUUUCUCUGUGAACAGUGUGAUGUAUUGUAUGAUGAUUGUUCAAAUUACAAACAAGAUUUAUUAAUACAUUUUUUUAAAAUAA